GUACGACUUAGUCAAUCCGCAACAACCACAUCAUAAUGGCUGAUCCAGAACCCGAAGGCGAUCCAACCCUUGCACCUCCCGAAGACACCGACCUUGCCGACGAAAUCCAAGACUGGCGCCUCCUCUCCUCCCUAACCUCCUCCAAAUCCGACCCCACCUCUCUCCCCCGCCGUGGCGAGAAGAAUUUCGAGCCAGAUGGCACAAAUCGCCAGGAGAAAGUGUUGAAUGAGAGUAGGGAGGCAAUGCGGAGCGCCUUGGAAGUGGAAAGGAAGUUUGCGGGAAAGACGAGUUGUCAGUGUACCUGGCUCGAAGAACUCGGCCUCGCACGCGUUGACAAACUCAGAGGCCCACAUUUCAAGAACCUCGGUGUUGCCGCUCCUCCCAACACGACGACGACUACCGCCGAUUCGCCUGCGGAGAAGACCAGUUUGGGAUACCUCCUCCCCGAAGAAACAAUCUACAUGCUCGAACGCGGCUCCCUUGAAGUCUUUUACCCAUACGGAAUCCCAAUGUCUCUUCAGGGCAUCUACGCAGCAUGUCUCGGCUCCUCCAAGACACGCGUGGAGGCGGAGGUCUAUGCAGUUUAUGCCAAUCUGAAGAGGAGUGGGUAUAUUGUACGACGGGCUGCGACAUUUGAUGGGACGCCGGGUGAGGAGCAACCUGUGCAGGAGGUGGUGGGAAGGAGUUUGUGGAGUCCGUGGGUGAGGGGCGUGUUCAGCUCGAUUUUCGCAGCGGCACUCAAACCCUCACAACCGCCCGUACGAACAGCAGACAACCCAAUCAUCUCAACAGACCGGAAAUUCCGGCACUAUGCAGACGUAUACAAGCUCCUCUCCCUGGUGCCCUACCACUCCUUCUCCUCCCAACCCUCAUCGACAUCGACUUCGCAAAGCUUGGUGAAUGAGCCGACUCAUUCGUCGCUGUGGCGGGUGCAUUUCGACAUCUGGAAACCCGCAACAAAAUUCAAACGCUCCGAACCCCCUCCCCCCAAUUUCCGUAUCUGUGUCGUCAGCUCACGAUCAACACACACCCCCUCCCUUUCCGAGAUCAACACUCUCCUCUCAACCAUCCCCUUCCACCCAUCCCCACAGGGAGAAGGACACGCUGGAGUUGGGGCACAAAUGAAAAAGCUAAAGGAGGGGAGGAGGAGUGUGUUGCUUGCUGUUGUGGAUAGUGGGGUAGUGAGUUAUUUGAGGAUUGGGGAUCUGAGUUUUGGGGAUGAUGGGGUUGUGUACCCGAGAAGAGGCGAAGAAGCGAAAAGGGGGCGGGGUGGUGGGAAAGGAAGAGGGAGGGGGAGGGGACGUGGGCGGUGAUGACCGGGGGUGGUGACAGACGAGAAGUGGAUGGACCCCAACCUUCGAACGGAUGGGUAUGAGUUGAAAACAGAAUGGAUUCACACGAUAAGCGGCGAAGAUAGCACCGCGAUGUACGAAUUCAGACAUUACGGAUGGAGAGAACAAAUGAGGCCUCAUCUGGACGCUCAGGCCCGUCACCCCAUCUUCAAAUAGAGACGACAAAUAUGAAUUCAUUUCACCUCAUCUCAUCUGAAAAUGCAAACCCCAAUGCAAAUAAUACUCAUACACUCCUCAGCACGC